AUGUCGGCCUCCAUCACUAUUCCCACUCGCCGCAGCAACGAUGGCCUCUGUACGCCCAAGGCCAUGUCCAGCCCGUCGGACAGCUCUUACUCAGAUUCCCCGUCAUCCGCUGCAUCCACUCCGUCAUCGGCUACCAAGACGCUUCACGGCCGUCGACCAAGUCUGCUAAGCUCCGCACUCUCCAAGGAGCAAUCGACUGUCAUCAACAUCGGCGACCCUGAUGGUCCUCCCCGUCUGAUCACAUACCUCUCCUCUAGCCAGGGCUUCGACUGGAAUCCCGAAAUAUUUCUUCCCUCGUACCUAGACUGUGAUUACGUCCCCCUCGAGAACCGACGAGAGCCCGUCCACGAGAUUCGCCUCAGCGAGGAGGAGCUGCGUAACAUGCUGCCCCAAUAA